AUGUUGGAAAAAAUUCUGCCGUUUUUGAAGGACCGGCUGAUUUGUGCAGAUGGGAAGGAUAAAAACGGUGUAUUCAAUUACACCGCCUGUAAUCGGAUUCCAAAGGCUUCUCUCUUCCCGUUCUGCGUCUACAUUGUAGUGCCAUCUACUGAAUAUCGACCGAUGGAAACCCUUUACGGAUGUGUGUACGCCGAAGACCUUCCUCAGAAGUGCAUCGACCAACGUAAUUAUUUCUCUUCCAGUAUCACGAUCAAAUUUGAAGGGCGCCUUCGUACUGGUGCUCUGAUGUGCUGCAUGGAAGAUUACUGCAACGAGGUUGAAGAACCCGUGUUUGCGCAAGUUCGUCUGGCAGAAGUAUCACACAACGACCUACAAAACGCACUGCCGUAUAUGAUUGCUCUGCUGCUGGUCACAGUGUCAAUAUUGCCCGUCGUAAGCAGUUAUUUGGAAGAGCGACGGAAGGAUAGCUUGAAGAGAGCCGAGAAAGCUCAGUGGCUUGACCAAAUACCGAACGCGCUGCCACUUCUGGAAAUCAACAAGUACUACAGUAUCAGUCCGAACUUCGCAUCACUUCGACGACUUCAUGACACGCUGCGGUACUUCAAUCAAGCUUAUAAGUUCCCUGUGAACGAGACGAUCGAAGAACAGGAGGCAAACUUGUUUCUUGAGGUUCACGUGACGCAGCAGGACGCCGCCGUCGCUAGGAGGGUUAGACGUAAAGUGCAAACGAAAUUUUCAACGUUGGCAAUGAAAAUGGUUGAGCAUGGUCCGUACGAAUAUGAUUUUGAUCCCACAGAGGUCGGCGAUCUUUUCGAUUCGGUUUCGCAAUUACUUGCCCGCGAGCCAAGCCUCCUACAGUUGGCCUCAGAUGUCUGGAUUUAUGGAAAUUUGGAUGGAAAUUAUGCGUGCGUCCCUAUCACUUUGGUUUAA